UCAUUCCUGCAUCUUGUUGAGUUCACAGUUGCAGACAUGCCUGGCAUGGUGCGUCUAUCCCUCCUUUUACAGUUACUCUUAUCCCUGGCCCUAAGCCUUGUAUCCUUCACCACAGCAACCGGAGAGGACCAGUUCGUCUACUCUGGCUUCUCCAGGAGUAACCUCAACCUUGAUGGAGCAGCCACUAUUACACCAGACGGUGUCCUUGAGCUGACAAAUCACACAGUCCACAUUAAAGGCCAUGCGUUCUACCCCACUCCAUGGCGAUUCCGCAAAUCCCCUGGUGAGAUGGUGCAGUCUUUCUCCAUUACCUUUGUGUUCGGCAUGGUCCCCAUCUACUCUGAUCAAUGUACCGAUGGAAUGACUUUCCUGAUCUCUCCCACCAAGGAUUUCUCAGGUGCACAGACCUCACAAUACUUGGGUCUCCUCAACAAAACAAGUGACGGCAAAGAAAGUAACCAUAUAUUUGCAGUCGAGUUUGAUAGUAGCCAAAAUACUGAGUUCAAUGACAUCGAUGACAACCACAUCGGCAUCAACAUAAAUAGUCUCACAUCAAACCAAUCCAAGUCUGCUGCCUUCUAUGAUGACAAGAUUGGUAUGUUCAAAAACUUAUCCCUUGUUAGCCGCAAAGAGAUGCAAGUGUGGGUGGACUACGAUGGAGAGACCACACAGAUCAACGUGACAUUGGCUCCCAUCAGGGUAGCCAAACCUUCCAGACCACUACUGUCAGCCACCUACAACCUGUCCACAGUGCUGGAAGAUCCAUCCUACAUUGGUUUCUCGGCAUCAACUGGUCCAAUCAAUUCACUAUAUUGUGUAACCGGCUGGAGUUUGGGCAUAAAUCGUCCUGCUCCAUUGAUUGACAUUACCAAGUUGCCGAAGCUGCCUCAUGUUGGCCCAAAACCUCGGUCCAAGUUGCUGGAGAUCAUCCUACCGAUAGCCACAGCCAUAUUCAUCUUCAUUGUUGGAACAACUAUAAUUCUAUUGGUGAGGAGGAGAAUGAAGUAUGCUGAGAUAAAUGAAGAUUGGGAAGCCGAAUUUGGGCCACACCGCUUUUCAUACAAGGAUUUGUUCCACGCUACAGACGGAUUUAAGAAUAAGAAUCUACUCGGCCAAGGAGGAUUUGGGAAGGUGUAUAAAGGUCUGCUCCCUGUCUCAAGAUUGGAGGUUGCAGUAAAGAGAGUGUCUCAUGAGUCAAAGCAGGGAAUGAAAGAGUUUGUUGCUGAGAUUGUCAGUAUUGGCCACCUCCGACAUCGCAACCUUGUGCACCUACUAGGUUAUUGCAGAAGAAAAGGUGAACUCCUAUUGGUAUAUGAAUAUAUGUCAAAUGGCAGUCUUGACAAGUACUUACAUUGUGAAGAGGAUAAACCCACUCUGAAUUGGGCUCAGAGGUUUCAAAUCAUCAAAGGUGUAGCAUAUGGUCUAUUCUACCUCCAUGAGAGGUGGGAGAAAGUUGUAAUUCAUAGAGACAUCAAAGCAAGCAAUGUUCUCCUUGAUAGUGAGAUGAAUGGACGCCUAGGUGACUUUGGUCUUGCAAGCUUGUAUGAUCACGGCACUGAUCCGCAAACAACCCAUGUGGUUGGUACAAUGGGAUAUCUUGCCCCAGAAUUGGCACGCACUGGUAAAGCAACCACUCAAACAGAUGUGUAUGCAUUUGGCAUUUUCAUUCUUGAGGUAACUUGCGGGCAAAGGCCUAUCAAUAGUCAUGCAGAUGAUAGCUCACAGAUAUUAAUUGAUUGGGUUGUUGAGCAUUGGCACAAAGGAUCACUCACAUACACACUUGACAGUAGGUUACAAGGCAACUACAACUCUGAUGAGGUUAGCCUGGCAUUAAUUCUUGGAUUGCUGUGUGCACAUCCAUUUUGCAAUGCAAGGCCAAGUAUGCGUCAAGUCAUACAAUACCUUAACGGUGAGAUGCCACUCCCGGAGUUGAUGCCCACAAACAUAAGUUUCAGUGUGUUGGGCCUGAUGCAAAAUGAAGGUUUUGAUGAGUAUGCAUCGUUGCCUUCCAUAGUUGGGAGCAGUGGCAUGACGUCAAGCCUGUCAAGUGGAAGAUGACAAUAGAUAGAUGCCAUACCCAGGGCCAGAUCAUCUUGCAGUUAGUAGGCCAGAUUAAGCUAUGGAAUCCACUGUAAUUCUUAUUCCUAGUGUUUCUCCCUAGUUCUUGUUUCUCCCAGGGCCAGAUCAUCUUGCAGUUAGUAGGCCGGAUUUUGAAGCAGAAAAUAAUCUUUCAAAUUUCUGUUUCUCCAUAGUUCUUGUUUUAAAAAUAUUCUUCUAUGCAAGGGUUAUGCUGUCAACCCUUGUAAAUUGUUGUAAAGUUUGUACAUUUCAACUGUUGUAAACAUUGUACAAAA